CGCGGGAGCCGUACAUCGGGCGUCCACUUCGCUCGGAACACCCCUCAGCGCGCCCGCGAUGUCUCACCGGGCGGUCGUGACCGCGCGCGAGGCGCACGCUCGUCUCACCGCCGCGCGACGCUACUCCGGCGGCUCGGCGGGAGCGAUUCUGAAGAGUCGACACGUCGCUCCGGCCGGUCGGAUCUCCGGGCGUUGGGGCGGCGUCAGUCACCGGCGAGGAUCUCGCCGCGGACCUUGUCUCGUCGUGGCGAAGAUCUGGACGGACGACGGAAGGCGGAAGGCGGCGGAGAUGAUGGGUCUGACCGCGGAGGAGGCUGCGGACGAGAAGACGCUCAAGCGCGCCUUCCGCCGCCUCGCGCUCCGCUACCACCCCGACAUCGCCAAGGACGACGCGGGCGUCGAAAAGUUUCACCAGAUCCAGGAGGCGUACCGAGUGCUCUCCGGCGCCGACCUCGCCCACGUCGAGCUCCCACAGGACCAGGAGUGGGACACCCACGACUGGAGAUGGGCGCACAGGUACAAGGGCGCCGCGAACGGCGUCGCGGGAGUCGACCCCGAGCAGGCGCGGCGAAGGAUGGGCGAAGAAGAGAGGAGGGCUCGCGUGGGCGAGCAGCUUCGGUCCAUGGCGGGCGCGCCGACGCGGCGGAAACGUCGAGUCAUCAAGCCGCUGAGCGCACAGCCCUCAAACGUGGCGGUGGAGUUCAACUCCGGGACGUACGACGACGACGGCGGCGGCGACGAAUGCCCAUCCGACGGCUGCGCGAGCGAGUGGGCGCAACCCGCCCGGUCGUCGGCGGACACUGCUGGCGACACAGCUGGCGACGAGGAAAACAGUACCAAGUUCGCGUACAACGCUCGCGCGGUCCGCGGGUACCAGAGCGACAGGCACUCGACGGAGACGGCGCACGAGCGCCUCAACGCGCAGCUCGCGGGUUUGCACCGCAAGAAGGUGAUUCGCGCGAGGGCGAUGGGUAUCGAAUUUACCGAGUCGGCGCAGUCGGCAAACUCGGGGGCGGGCAAAACCGGGCGGGCGGAGGAUCCCGACGCCGAGGCGCGGCGGCAGGAGAAUAAGGUGUGGGCCGCGAAGGCGGCGCGGUUCUACGGCGGCGCGGGUUUACAGCUGGAGGAGAGCACGCCGGAGAGGUUUCUGCGCCUGGCUAAACUGGCGAAGGAGUGGCGUGACCAGCGAAGCCAAAACUCCUUCUCGCAGGCGCUCUUCUCGAGCGCGGAGGAGAAGAUGUCGCCGAAGGAGCUGCUGCAGUCGGCGGUUGAGGGGGCGAGCCUGGGAGCGUGCGCGUGAUGCGCGCGCGUGCGUAUUAGCCCACCGACGGUGGCGUGAUGCACGAUUUGUGCGUGUGAGAUGAUUACAAUAUUUGUCAUGAAGUCAUGAAUGGUUAGUCUACAGUCAUC